AGUGUGAUUGGACACACAAGGAAUUUGUCUUGGUGCAUAUGCUCUCAGUGUACAUAAAAGAAAAGAUACCUUCAUCAAGAUACCACUUUACAGUGCUUUACAGUACUCUCUAAUUGUUUACAGUGUCAGCAUAUUGCCUCCAACAAUAUGGGUCCUCAUUUUAUCUCGGAAGGAUGGAAGACUGUCAACCCUAAGCCGGAUGGGAUUCUUCAUCAAAACUUUGCAUUUUUAUCUCAUCAUUCUCUUUUGUGGUGGAGAUGAGCAAUUUCAGCAUUCAGACAAUAAGACUUUUCUGUCCAAAUCCGCUCCAAGUCCUUCUUCAUUACCUGAAUCUCAAAUUCCAAGAGGCCUCAACCUUUUACAUAAUGUAAGGACAAAGUCUACAAAAAAGAAAGUACGUCUCAAUAUACUUAGCAUUUUAAAUAAGCAACAAAAUGAUAGUUUCCAAGUUGAUCCAACAAUUGUUUUAUCUAAUAGCCAAUCACAGGAUAUUUCAUCUCAUAAAUUCUCACAAACUGAUGAAAUAAUUAAUGUCUCAUUGACUGACCCAUCUCUAAGGGGCAUGACAUUGUCUCCUAUGCCAACCGAGAAGCCGCAAAAAGCUGGAGGCCUUUUAAAUCUCAAUUCAGUGUUAAAGUGGAAUGUUCUUGGUGAUGAACAAUACAAUGGAAAAGGAACAAGAUUUUCAUCCUCAACAUUACACAUUAGUGCAAGCUGUGGAAUCCCAGCAAAAGACACAUUUGAUCUCUCAAACAGGAAUCUAACUGAGAAUGAAUUGAGGGGAAAAAUGAAUCCCAUUUUCUGCAAAGCUACACUGGACCAAAUUAAAAAGUUUAAUGCAAGUCUCAACAACCUGGAGACAGAUAUUGCAAUCCUGAUUCCAUUAUUAUUUGAAAUGAAGAGUGUGUAUUUAAUUGAUGUGAGUUAUAACAAAAUAUUUAUAAAUACCAAAUCUGCAAAAGAGAGUUUUCUGGAGCACAACCAUCUUCUGUUUUUAAAUCUCAGUCACAAUCCCCUUAAAACUCUGACAAGCCUCACCCUACCAAGAGGUCUCAAGAGCAUUGAUUUAUCUUUUACACAAAUUAACCAAAUACCAAAAGAAUUUUUUGCAAUGUUUUCUCAAAUAGAUGAGGUAUUUCUUCAGGGGAAUCAAUUUAUAUACAACACUGAAGCAGUUACAUAUAAUUUUAAUCCUGUGCAUAGAAUAAGAAAUGAUGAGAGUUUCUUUAAUGGAGCCAUUUCAUUUGCAAAGCUUCCACAAUCCACUCCCAUUGAAAGCCUCCUUGAGAAAGCAACAGAUCAAAUAAUAUUAAACUGUUUAACUGAUGUACUUCCAAAAAGGUUUCAAAACUUAACAAAAAAACAUAUUUCUCUCAACCUUAGCAAUAAAUCCGUGCACAAUUUCCAUUACUUACCAAAGUCUUUGCAUCAUUUUGAUUUAAGCAACUGUAACUUACAAGGAAUAGCUAGGCUUAAUAUUUUUCCAAAUUUAACUGUAUUUAAAAUUCAAAACAAUAAAAUUAAAAAAAUAUCAUAUCUCCCAGAUUCAUUAGAGGAAUGUGAUGUUAGCAAAAAUGAAAUAAUUGCAUUCACUUUCCAUGGGGCAGAGAAAAGUUUAAAAUUACUCAAUCUUUCUAGAAAUAUGUUAAAGAAACUGAAUGUGAACAGUUCCUAUUUUACCCUAAAUAAUCUGGAUGUAAGCAGUAAUUUAAUUACAGAUCUGCUGGAUAACAUGGGGACAUUAAUGCCUGUACUAAAAUAUCUGAAUCUGUCAGAAAAUAAGAUAUUUUUUCUGCAACCUGGAUCUUUCCCUAAAUCCUUGGUUGAGUUGGAUAUCAGCAACAAUGCCCUUGCAAUCCUUAUGAAGGAAACGUUCCUCCCUUUGACAAACUUGAAAAUUUUAACCGUUCAAGGGAAACAUUUUUUCUGUAACUGUGAAUUAUACUGGUUUGCAAAUACAUACCUUGCUAACCCACAAAUGCAAAUAAAUGGCCGAGAAAGCCUUUUCUGUGGUUUUCCACGGAAAAAGCAAGGUCUUUUGUUGCAAAACAAUCAUCUAACAAUGUUGCGUUGUUCUCUUGGUCUUCAAAUUGGAAUUACUGUUGUCAUGGUCAUUUUGAUUAUGUCCAUCAUAUCUGUAUUAUGCUGGCAUUUUGAUGGUCCAUGGUAUUUGAAGAUGGGCUGGUAUUGGUGCAAAGCUAAAAGGAAACAAUAUGAGAAGAGACCAGAACACAAAAUAUACGAUGCUUUCAUUUCAUACAGUGAAAAUGAUGCAUCCUGGACCAAAGAGACUCUAUUAAAAAACCUGGAAGCCAAAGGAUUUAAAGUAUGUUAUCAUGAAAGGGAUUUCAUGCCAGGGCAUCCAGUUCUUGGGAACAUUUUUUACUGUAUCGAGAAUAGCCAUAAAGUUCUUUUUGUGCUAUCACCUAGGUUUGUCCACAGUUGUUGGUGCCAGUAUGAGCUGUACUUUGCUGAACACCGGGUUCUCAAUGAAAACCAAGAUUCCCUCAUCAUGGUUAUACUAGAAGAUCUGCCAGCCAACAGCAUUCCAAAGAAAUUCAGCAAGCUUAGAAAACUAUUAAAAAGGAAAACCUACUUGAAAUGGAGUCUUGAAGAACACAAACAAAAGCUUUUCUGGCACCAGUUGACAGCUGUGUUGAAAACUAUGAAUGACCCAGUACUAAGAACACAAAGAAAAAGCUGCAUCAGAAAGCAGACAGAUGAAACUGAAUGAGAAGCAAUGAAACAUUUGGAGUAUUUAAAAAAUAAAAUACUUCUUAAAUAGCCAUCAUCUGAAAGAUACAAUUAUUAGAAUACUGAACUGAAUACUGAAUAUUUGAUAAUGAACCAAAGUUAUAUUUUAAGUCAUCUUUCUAGAAAAGUGAUCUCUUAAAAUCAGGGUAUUUCCUAGGAAACUGUUCAUAUAAAUACAAACAUAUUGCAGCAACCCAAAACAUCAUAAAAAACCACCUAUAAAUAUAUUCCAAUAAAUACCCACACAACUUUAUGAAAAAGUACCUGACUAUUCAACCUACCACAGCACAAGCUAUGAAAAGGACAACACUGAGGGGUCCUUGAUGCUCUCUGAGCUUGGUUGUUUUCAGCAGAUGUUUAAUUACUCAAAGUAGGUAACAUCAUUGGUGCACUGAUGUUGUUACUUACUUUAGGUAAUGAAACAUCUGCAAGAAAACAACCAAGCUCAGAGAACACCAAGGAUCCUCAUUUCAAUCCUGAGCUACAAAUAUUCUCCUUUAAAGAUAAUACUUCUAUACAUCAAAAACAUCUCAGAAACAACCAAUAGGCUAUUACAGUUACACAGCAUCAGUGCAGCACACGAAUCAACUAAAACCCUGCAAAACUUCUUCAGAAAACCAAAAGACCCAACAGCUCAAGAAAUAAAAAGAAGAGUCAUCUACAAUAUACAAUGUUGUUAGCCACUACAUAGGACAGUCAGGCAGAAAACUAGCAGAGUGGAGCCAUAAACAUUAAUUAGCAGUCAAAAACAUGAUAAAAACAACUAUCUGAAAUAAUAUUAUCUAGUCAUGUAAUGAAAUAUUCACAAGCAAACAACUAGAUUCAAGAGUACCAAGGACUCUACUGUUCAAUUUCAGCUACAUAUAUUCUCUCCUAUUACAUUCUCCGACAACCAACUUUCCAAUAUAUUUAUUCUUUGCAGUUUUAUCAAUAUUAGUCUUCAAAUAUAAGUCUUUAAAGAAACCUGCCAAUUCUUCUAUUAUUUCCAAUCUUGAAUAUAGCAAUUUGGACCUUUUAUUGCUGAUACUGUUUCUUUUUUUCCAAGUUGAUAAACUAAUAAUUUUUACAGUUUAUUUGUUUAUUCAGAGUUUUUCUCUUUGGCAAAUUUUAUUUUCUUCUGUAACUCGUUUCUAAUAGGCUUAAUUGCAAAAGCCCCUUGUAUAUGCUUUAUUUGUAUCCCACAUAGUAAAGUGGGAGAU